CAAUCGCGGCACUCUCCUCUUUCAAAACCCUUGCGAGACUGAAACCCUCGCCGCCGACCACCACACACUCACCGAUAAUAAGCCAGAAUGAGUCGGAGCUUAGGUAUUCCGGUGAAGCUUCUCCACGAGGCCGCCGGUCACAUAGUCACCGUAGAACUCAAGAGCGGAGAAGUUUACAGAGGAAGCAUGAUCGAAUGCGAAGACAACUGGAAUUGCCAGCUGGAAAACAUCACUUUCACCGCUAAGGAUGGAAAGGUGGCUCAACUUGAGCAUGUCUUUAUUCGGGGAAGCAAAGUCAGGUUCAUGAUCAUACCAGACAUGCUUAAGAAUGCACCAAUGUUCAAACGCUUAGAAGCUAGAAUUAAGGGCAAAGGUUCAGCACUUGGUGUUGGCCGGGGACGUGCUGUGGCUAUGCGUGCUAGGGCUCAGGCGGCGGGUCGUGGAGCCGCGGGUCCUGGUAGAGGGAGGUGAUUUUUUUCUAAAUCAAAGUUAAAUGUAUCAUCACUUGAAAGAUGGCUUCUAAGCCAGUUAGGUUUUUGUUUUGGCUUGUAAGAUUCGGAUUUAUCUUUACUUUUAUUCUCUAAUUCUGUUCUAGAUGUGGAGUUGUGUUGCACUUUGUUGAAAGCUCAAAUAUGUUUCAUCCUA